AUGAUCAUAGACGACAGGAAAGAAAACAAAGCGGAGCGACAGCUGCCAGUUAAAGACACCAGUGUCAAGCUGGCAGGCCAGGACAAAGAUCCAGAGGUCCAGCAUGUGGUCAAGCCCCAGGAAAAACAAGUGAAUGGUGACGGCCUCUUAAACUCCCCAACCAAUGACAAAAUGGUGCGGGCCGAGCUGGACUGGACGGUUCCCAUGUGUGUGCACCUGCCCAUUGAAGUUCUGAACCCUGACCAGGUGUUUCCCUUCCUGAACACCACACUCGCUGACCUGGGCAUCGAAGAAUCAGCAGUGAAGGAGCGUGUGGUGUGGGUGGACACUAAACGCACCCGGGUGAAGGGGAAGUCUGGGAAGCUGAAGGAGAAGGAGGUGACCGUUCUGGAAGUGCGUGUGAAAGCGCAGCUCCCUGGAGAGCGUCAGUGUCAGGAGGUUCUCUACAGCACCGAGUCCCACACCGAUCGCUCCUUCUGCAGAAGCGGGGUGGACAUCGUCCCGUGGAGACACACCCCCCCAGCUGAAAAUGAUCUCCAGCCAGUGGAGAUGACUCUGGCUUUGGACACAGUGUCAGAGUCCAAGUCCAAAUGGCAGAAGACAGAAGAAAAACGAGAUUUGCCAAGCGAGGAGUGA